AAUAAAAAAAGUUACGAAGCGGAACUUUAACGACUUCCGGUAGAUUGUCGGACCUGUAUUGGUGACGGACCGGAAACAGCGUGAGGUUACAGAAGUCUCUUCUGAGCGUUGUGAAGUCAUCCACCUGAUCAGUCUGUUAAGAGGUUCCCAGAGCUGUGUGUGCAGGACAGACAAGAUGUUGAGAAGUGCCUCAGCACAGAUCUUCAGACAGGUGGUGAGAUACGCGAGCACAGACACCAACCUCAUCCUGGAGAGAUCGAUAAACCGCGUGCAGCUGUUAGGCCGAGUGGGUCAGGACCCGGUGAUGAGACAAGUGGAGGGUCGUAACCCGGUUACCAUCUUCUCGUUAGCGACCAAUGAAAUGUGGCGCUCCGGAGACGGAGAGACGAGCCCAACAGGUGACAUCAGUCAGAAGACGACGUGGCAUCGCGUGUCCGUGUUCAAACCUGGUCUGAGAGAUGUGGCCUACCAGUACGUCAAGAAAGGGUCUAGGAUUCUAGUGGAGGGGAAACUGGACUACGGAGAAUAUACGGACAAGAACCAGGUCAGACGCCAGGCCACCACCAUCAUCGCAGACAACAUCGUCUUCCUGAGCGACAACAUCCGAGACAGAACCUGAAGCGUUUUCCUCUUCGUCUCCUCUCAACAACAACAACAAAACAACUUAUUUUUAUAUUUAUACAAAAACAAGACUGAACGCCCCCUUUUAGUAAUGAAACUGACUGACCCAAAGAGAAGGGGGGACAGAAUAUGCUGCGACACUCUGGCGCCUCCUGCAGAAGCAGAAAGAGCCCACUUGUGUAUAAAUACACUUACUGAUUAUGAAUAUGAUUAUGCUUCUUGUACAUAACCGUUACAAGGGUUCAGUUUUUGCGUGUUUAGUAAAAUACACUGAAGACUCCGUACAAGAUGUUGUAGAAGUUGUAGCUCUGUUAAGAGCAACUCUUACCUGUGUUGAGGAUCAUGGACAAAAGUUAUUAUAGUUUUUCUUCUUUUUGCGUCAGUUAAGACGACCUCUUCUUUAAACUCAGUGAAUCAGAAACAGUUUCUUGGUGAGGAAAGACGAUUAAUCAGGAAGCGACCAGUCUGGUGGCCGUAAUUUGUCCUGCGAGAUCAUCGCUCUCAUAUAUGAUUGUUGGGAAUUAUGUGCAGCUGCAGAGGGAUUGUCAUUUCAUGGGAUUAGUCUCUGUGUUAAAUGUCAGCUGUCUUUCUUGCACUUCUCUGAAUGAAGGUUGUUCAACUGGAGAGAAAUAUGCACAUUUGGGUUAAAAGAAAACAGACCGGCAUGCAAAUUUAGAGGAAGCACGUUCAAUUAAAUUCACAAUUUUUUCCUGCAUUUUGUUCCCCUGUUCACACCCCUGACUUGUGCAUAGUUAUACCCGGACAUUAAUGUAUGUAUUUGAUGUUUAUUUGAUGUUUUAUCUCCUGUUUUCUGCUUUGUCACUCUCUUGUCAGUUGUUAUCACUCUUAUCUGUUUUUCAUUUCCUUCCUGUGCAGCACCUCUACCACUGCUGCUUCAUUUCUCUGUAAUGCUUCCUAUAAUAGACCUUUUGGUUCCCCAGA